AUGUCCAUAUAUAAUUAAUUCUGUAAAGGCUCUAAUAACUCGUCAUCUACUAUCUACAAAAAAUACUAACUGGAGGGUCCAAUAUGCUACAGAGAUGAGAUAUUAGGCACUUGUCUACAGUGGUGGAAUGUAACUACUCAAGUACUAUACUUGCACAACUUUGAGGUACUUUACUUUGAGUGCUUUCUUUCUGCUACUUUAUACUUCAACAACACUACAUUUUAAAAGGCAAAUAUUGUACUUUUUUACUCCACUAAAUUCAUUUGACAGCUACAGUUACUAGUUACUCUGCAGAAAAAUAUAAUACACAUAAGACUAUUUUAUAAAGUAUGGUGAAUUGUUGAUCAAACUACCGUAUCAACAAUAUCAGUAUCAAAGUAGUUCAAAUUAGCUCCACCUCCACCAGCUAUAACAGAAAAUGCUGCACAUUAUGUAAUAAUCAAUUCAUAAAAUACUGUAUAGAAUUCUUUAACACAGACAGUGGCCAUUCUGCACAAGAGGUACUUUUAUUACUUAAAUUUUGCUGAUAAUACUUUUACUCGUAAUGAAGACCAUAGUAGUAUUGCUCCUUUCAGGUUAAGGAUCUGAAUGAUCUGAAUUGCUCAAGGUGCUUGAGCAGAGCAAAUGUUAGAUUCCAACUGAAUGCAUUAUUUGUUUUAAGGAUAACUGUCAGACAAUUCCAAUUCCAUAUAUCAGGUUAGGGCAAGCACCUAACACUUGACCUCACCAUUCGCAGACUUGUAUUCUGCCCAUACAUCCAAUUCUUAUAUAUGGUACUAUUGGUGAUAGGUUUCAGAUGACGGGGUAUGUCACUCACGGCCACACCUCCACCAAACCCCCCAGGAAGUGCAGCGUGCUUUGAAGCCAAUUUGACAUAGUGGCCAAACCGUGUAAUUACAACUUCCGGGUCCGUCCAAAUGAUGCACACUGGCCCCACAAGACUUUUUCCCAUAGACUUACACUGUGAAAGAGACGUCUGUAAAUCAGCGGAUGCUUUUUUUGAGGUAUGGGCCGCGCAGAUGCGGAAGCUGUGUGGAAGAUCCAGGCAACUUUAUACUCGUGGUGCUAGAGUUGUGCCGCAAUGAUGAUUUCGCCAGCCCUCAGGCCAUCCAGCCUCAUCUGAGCCGCAUAAACACCUACAUUACAAACCAGGAUAAAGAGACUUCCAGUUCUGAGGUAAAAGCAUCAGUGACAAACUUCCUGAAGCUUGUUCACACUCUAGUGGACAAUCAAUGCCAGAGGAAUAUCUUUUAUCAGACAAUCUUCCCAACAGUGUUCGGCCCUAAAUACGACUCAGCCCUGCAAGCUCUAAUGAGAAAAUUCCUCUUCAAUCUGCAGAAGCUGCUGCCUGUUCCAAACCUUGAGCAAACUUCCCUUUGGCUCAGUCUCUCCCCUUCUAUCUUGAAAGAGUGUGUAGACUUCAUGAAUCAACCCGAGCCCCUGAAUACACUCAUUCAGCAUCACAAACAUCUUGGGCACAAAGUUCCACAAGCUUUGUCUUCCUCUGGUGAUGAUUGCAUCCUUUCCAGCCUGUCCUAUCACCUACCAAAGGUGGACAAUGACGAGAGAGACACACUUGUCAAAUCUGGAUACGUGUGUGUCUCACAAGAUCGGAAGAGAGAUAACUCACUGGCCAGUGAGUCAAAAAAGGACAAAGAAGAAAACUUUAAGGAGAUAAAUUCAGAAUUGAUGAGGAAUGUAGAGAGAAAUAGACAGCAGCAUGUUGAUGAUCUGACUGAAGACGAAGGAGCCUCUGUAGAAGUAAUUCUUCAACCUUUUGAUGAAAGUGAGUCUAAUGAUGAUGACGAUAUGGACAAAAAAUGGUGUCACCGUUUGAAAACCUCCGCAAAAACCUUCAAGUGUCUUGUUUGUGGCAAAGAUUUUGGUUCCCUUAGCAAACUAAAGAGGCACAGGAUUACCCAUAGUGGUUGCUUUACAAACAGAAUGAGUCAGUCAAAUUCUGCGUGCCAAAGUAGCUUUUUUGACAAGAUAAAUUUACAUCCUAAACCAAAGACUUGUAUUGAGAAUGAUGCCGCUAGAAGUGAGCCUGAGCUUUCAUCACUGGCAAGUGCCACAACACAUAACCCAUUAAAUGUAAAUAAUCUUCCAAACUUUGAGCAGUCUAAUGAUGACUAUAGUCUUGUCUGUCAUGUUUGUGGCAAGGUUUUCACUUACCCAAAGAAUUUUGACAAACACCAGAGGAUGUGCAUGGUCAGUAGACAAGCAGAGACAGACCCACAGUGUUCCACAAGCUUAGCUCAUCACUGCAAACCAAACCAUGCUGAUAAGACCAAAGAGUUUCUCCCUAGUGAAACUGAAACUGGGUCUUCAAAUGUUGUACCCCAUGAACCAAUAUCUUCUGACUCACCACAAGAGCAAACGUGUAAAAGAAGCAGUCGGGUCAAACAAUGCUCCGUAUGUGGGAAAACAUUUACCUGUUCUACUGACUUGACGAGGCACAUGAGAUGCCACACUGAACAGAGUCCUUACCUUUGUUUUUAUUGUGGGAAAGACUUUGACAGCUACGAAGACUGUGAGACACACCAGGAAGGUAAAUGCAGAGUUUCAAACCAGCAUUCACAGGACAAGUCCUCGAGCAACGCAAAUAAAAGGAUUCAGGAAAAUAGAGUUGUUUCAAGUGGUAUAGCUCAGAUCCCAACAAUCAUAGAUGCACCUACCAACUCACAGGCUACGCAAUCAUCUCUGACGUGUCAGGAAUGUGGCCAGGGUUUUACGUAUUACAAGAGGUUUGAGAAGCACCAAUGUUCCAAAAGAGCUCCUCGAAGGAAAAAGCAAACAAACACGAACCAUUUCGUUAUCAAUGCAUGUAAUAUCCUAUCAGCUGACAAUACCAAUAGGAGCCAUGCUCAGACAAGUUCUGAAACAAGGGAAAGUGAAACUCCAGUCUCCGCAGACAAUGCAGAUGCCUCCCAGGCUAAAUCUCGCACAAUCAAGUGCACCAUGUGUGAGAAGAACUUUUCAAAAAUUGUUCUCAUGAAAAGACAUUAUUCCAAGUCCCAUAAAGUUAGAGGCUCAUACCCCUGUCCUUUGUGCAAUAGAACUUUUUCUAGGUUGAGCGAAUUGGUUCGACACCAGCAAAACAAAAAAUUGUACCAGUGCACUGCCUGCAAGAAAUGUUACACAAAGCCAGGACUACUAAAUGAUCAUGAAAAACUACAUACUGCAAGUGUAACACCACGCAUUUGUGAAACAUGCGGGAAAAGCUUCAAAUAUCUCGCUCAUCUGAUUCUGCACCAGCGCAAGCAUAGAGAACGGCAACCUAGUGUUUGUUCCUACUGUGGGAAACAGUUCAAUACAAAAGACAGCCUGAGAGCGCAUAUGGUGAGGCACACAGAUGGUUACCCGUGCCCAGUAUGCGGGAAGAAAUUCUAUCAAAAAACAUACCUUAAAUGGCAUCUGUAUAAACACACGGGGCAAGAGCCGUACCUCUGUGACACAUGUGGGAAAGGCUGGCCGAGUGCAGCUCAGCUCAAGCUUCACAUGGUUCAACAUACAGAGGAUAGGCCGUUUAAGUGUGAAGACUGUGGUGUGUGUUACAAGAGGGGAUCUCAUUUGAUGGCUCACCGUAGAGCCAAACAUAUCGGGUUGCGGCCAUUCGUGUGUGAGGUUUGCAGCAAAGCCUUUAGAUUAAACAAUGAGCUGAAAAAACACAUGAUGGUUCACACAGGGGAACGGCCAUACACGUGUCCAAGGUGUGGCAAAACAUUUACGAGAAAAUCUCGCCUUAGGGAACAUAGAGAAAAGGCAUGUCUGUAACUUCAUGUUGUUUGUUGACUACUGUUCACGAUUCAUGUGCCAUACUACAUUCUACCACCACAUACAGUACAUACAUAAGUAACCAUAAUAACUUACGCUUAAUAUAACCUUAACUUGUGUCAUCCACUGUAUCUCAAUGCUGUGUAUGUAUGACUUUUAUGGUUAAGCUACAGAUGUUUAAAUAAACUACUACAUUUUGUCUGACAUUGUGAAUGAUUUUCAUUCACUGAGAAUAAAAAUGGCCUUGCUGCACA